AUGGUUCUCUCCUGGUUUCAGAACUACCUGGAGCGACGCAGAAUCCGCAGGAAUGGAAAUCGAAGGGUUCUUGACGAGAGAUUUGGGGAUUUGGCUAUCACAGCACCCAUGGCAGGUGGCUGGAAUCAACUUCCAAUAAGCACGACGACUUCGGGGGAUCAUGCCUUCAUGGACCAUGAACAUGACAGCAGAAGAAGUGGGUCAAAAACCUGGACGGCUUGUUGCUUUUCUGAUCACGAGGACGAAAAGGUUACUGUUUCGUCUGAUCCUCAACCUUCUUUUUCUCAACAGGAGAAAGAGGGUAGCACGGCAAAUCCCUCAGCGCGUAGCUCGGACCCACCAGCCUUUGUCUAUAAGCCUGCCAGCGAAGAAUUCCUCAAACAAAUGGCUGACAUAGGCAAACCCAAGUCACCUCUCUCGAUAUCCAGCUCGAACGACAGCGAAAAACACAAACGACAACUCUCCACCAUAAGUUCCAAUGCCAGCCUCAUGGACCCCGUUUCGUCUUCAGAUAUUCCACGCCAUCAGUCAUACCAUAGCCAACCUCUAACAUCAUCGUCUUCGUCGUCAAACACCCCAGUUGGGUCCAGAAGCCCGAGUGGAACAUUCGUUUCUUCUUCCGACGGGCGACCCUUCCAGACUAGCCCAGCUCUUUCUUCUAUGAGCACACCGAAUACAUUGAAACAAAACUCUCCACGCAGCCUUUAUUCGGAUGCCGAAAAGGCACCACUGGAGCCAGUCAAAGAAUGCCGUUCAAUCCCCGUUCCACCCAUUCAAGUUCAACCCCCGGUGACGACUAAGUCAAAGAAGAGUCUCAAGAAGACGAGAGUCGUCACUGAGGAACUUGUUCCUUCGGAUACGGAGCUCUUUGGUUAG